AGGGGGCAGAGAGAGCGAGGCAGAGGUAGAGAGGGAGAGCUUCUAUCGCAAGGGGACGAAGACACCACUGAUCCUUUCACUCUUUGCAUUUCACCUUUAGGGAAAAGACAAAAAAGAGAAGUGUGGAAAAGGGACGAAAGGGAAAAAAAGGAUAUGAAAAGAACAUGAAAGAAAGAAAUCGUCAUUAAACGCACUACGAAGUUCUCUCUUUCCCUCUCUUCCUCCAUCUCGCACCUCUCUCAAUUUAAUCUUAAAUCCACUCCAAUUUCCCCCAAGGGACUCAAUUCUCUCUCUUCCUCGAGAGACAGACGGAGAGGGGGUCCAUUCCUCCUGGUAGAGUGACACCAGGAAUUUCCUCUCUCUCCCUCUACUCCCCCCCCCCCCCCCCCCCCCCCCCCCCCCCCCACACACACACACACACACCUCCAGACCCCCCCUCUCCACCAUGACACUACUGGCCUCCGAGAGGUCGCUUCUCAUCCGGAACAAGUUCCGCUCAGUCCUGCAGCUGAGGAUUCAGAACCGAAGGCAGAGUGAAAUCAAUGCAGACUCUGGGUUGAAAUCUACUUGUCCCCCUCAGAAAGCAGAGAAAGACCAGAGUGAAGCUCUGCGUCUAACUGAAGAUGGCGCCGCUCAGAAGUUGCCCCCUAGUGGUCUGAACACUGAAACUGCACAAGAGAGGACUGUGUGUGGGGCCCAGAGGCAGAAGAAGGCUCGCCAUGCUCAGGACCUCUCUGAGAGGAUCAAACGUCCGCCUGGGUCUGUGGAGCAACAGCAUGAACACACACUGCCCCUGGAGAACCGCCCUGCCUCUUUCCCUCUGUCCGCUGAUGUCUUCGAAGAUGACAUCCCCUCCUGCGCCUCCUCCUCGCCCACUGAGCAACAUGGCCUUCACCAAUCACCCACCUUUUCUACACUGCCAGGGCUCUCAGGUGACCAACUGCUGAGUGACUUCUCAGGUGUGGCCCCGCCUCUUAACCACAGCGCCGGUCACGCUCAGUCUGGUUUGGCGUUGCUCCCGGCAACCGAGGGCAUCAGACAACCUAUGAGUGUAACACUGAGUGAAUCAAACACCAUGGCAACAACUGGGAGACCAAGUGGGCUGUAUCUGACGUCUCAGACCACACCCCUGCUGCCAAAGACAGCUCGGCCUCCCAGCCCCACCUGCACCUCCUCCCUGGCCCCCUCCCUCAACUUCAACCAUCUCCCCCGCCCACGGAAACCGCGGGACACCAAACCCAAAAUGAGGAAACUCAAAUAUCACCAGUACAUUCCUCCAGACCAGAGAGGAGGGUCUGGGACUGGAGGAGGAGCCAAACAGAAGAACCCUCCUUCUACCCAGUCUUUAGACCCAGCCUACUCCCAUCUCCUGAAGCAGCAGCAGGUCAUCCUCCAGCUGCAAAUCCUACAGAACCAGCAGCAGCAACAACAGCAGCAACAGCUACAACCACAGCAACAGCUCACUGUGGAGCCCAGUGAAGAUCACAAUGGUCUUGUGAAGUCCUCUGGAGCCCUGCCCCUGAAUCCCCAACCUGUUCCCGCCACAACAAACCACACCCCUACAGACACAAACCCUACAUCCAAGCCUGAGCUUCUCCCUGCAAAUCUCGUUGAUCUAACAGUGUCAGAGUUGCGGCAGCAGCUGCGUAAGCGCGGCCUCCCCGUCUCCGGCACCAAGCCUGCUCUGUUGCAGCGUCUCCGACCCUUCCAGCUUCCCCAUGCUUGCCUCACCCCUGCUCCUCUGUGCCAGCUGGGUACCAGCCUGGGGCCCCUCACCUCCUGUCCCCCACUGCCACCGAGCCAGAGCCCCAGCUCAAGCUCCAGCUCUGGACACGACUCCCCCGGCAGUAGUCCGAACCAACAGAUGUACAUCGCGGACAGCAGAGUUCCUAAUGGGAUUCUCAGUGACGCCCAAAAUGGAAUUCUGAACAACGUGCCGAACGGUUUCUCAAAUGCUGUGUCAGUCAGUUUGGCAGGCGAACAGUGUCUUUCCAACACCGUCUUCCUGGCUCCUGCCAGCACUGCCUCAGGAACUCCAAGUCCCAGUCUACCCAUGUCGUCCUCCUCGCCCCUGCAGUGUGGGACUCCCUGGAGAACUGAGAGCGAGCAGCAGCAACAACAGCAGCAGGAGCUGAGUGUGGAGCUGGAGAUGAGGGAGAGGUUACGGAGCAGGCCCAGGGACCGCUCCACUAACACAGGCAACGAGUCUUGUGGAGGAUCCCUUCAUCCGUUCCUGCAACAGGAUCCUGGAUGCUCCAGAGGGAAGCCAGACACAGACACACAGGCAGAGGUGUUGUUUACACAGGUGUUUUGCUGCCAACCGUGUGACGUGAUUGGCCAGGAUUUUGAGCUGCCAGUGCAGAUUACAGCAAGUCCAGCUCAGACCUUGCCUGGCAUUCGUAGCUUGGAGGAAGAACUACAGGAGGCGAUUCAGAAAGCACAGAUGGACCCUCGGCAGUCCAUAGAUGACAUUCUGGAUGAGCCUGUGACUUGUGUUGGCUCUGUCAGUGUCUGUGAUCAUAAAUCCCCUGCCCAAUCAGUCCCUGUCCCUUCGUCGCCUCCCCCUCCUCCUCAAGCUGAUCAGUCCCAGGCCUCCCAGCAGCAAAAGGACGACAGCUUCCUGCCCUCACCUCUUUGCUCCUCUCUUUUGCUUGAGCUCCCUCCAUCUCCCGCUGUAAUAAACCCCAGCCAGGUGAUCCCAGCUCCUCCCCCACCCCCGAUCUGUACCUCCCCUCUGCCAUCCAAUGGGAAGUCACGAAAACGGCGGGCUCCGUCAUCGUUUGAUGCUGCCGACUGGCUUGAAACGCUCACAUCUGGCCUCCGCCCUCUUACUCCGCCAACUGCUCCUUUUGUUGAAUCUGACUUCAGCCUGGAUUCAGAUCUGAAUGUCAGUCGGGUGUUGGAUCUAAUGAUAGAGCAGUGGUGAGGAUUUGUGUGCGUGUAUCAGUUUGUAUGUACAGUAGGAGAGCGCUUUAUGUUUCUGAUGGUAAUGAAUGGGGCUAACAUGCAUCCCACCAAGGGCACAAGAUUGUGAAUAGCGGCCUCCAUCCCUCCAUCUGUCCAUCCAUCAUUGAAAGGCUGUCAGAGUCACUGGCUCCACGCAAUGUCGAGAGCUGGAUUCAUUGCAGCGAACAGAUUAAACAUGGCUUUGAUGGGGCAACGAGAGCACAAACACAUGCACACACAUAGACACUGCAGAGUGCUGUUUAAAAACACUUGGGCUCGGCCAGAAAUGGCAAACAAGCAACACAUCUGUGGACUGACACACUCCACAGCACAAUGUUUGCAGUGCAAAACAAAAGAAAACCUGGUGGCAUAUUAAUUUAAACAUGCUUCCUGGCUGUGCUGGGAGAAUGUUGUUUCUGACUUAUCUCCAAAACCCGUUGUCGGAUUGGGUUGAGUGUGGCCCCUGGUGUUGACUCAGUCAUUGAGUCCUAGCCAUUCAUAAAGCCCAUUUAGAGUGUGUAAAAGCCAGACAGAGCACGCAGCUUGUGUGUGGCUCCAGACCUUAACCCCGGUGCCAGACACACAGUCGGCAUGCAGAGGGAGAAAGCUGGCAGAAGCUGCAAACAAGCAGUGUGUGUGCGUGCAAGUGUGUGCAGAAAGCUUGUGCGUGAAGUAUGUGUGCGUUCAAUAUGUCCGACUGUGUGUGACUGAGCACACAAGGCUGCUUCUGUUUGUAUGUGUCAACACCCAACUGCUUCCAUGUAUAUUUAAUAGCAUUAAAGCCAAAUGCACUUGUAGUUAUUUGUUUGCUUACAAUUAAGUGUCCCUCUGUGUGUGUGUGUGUGUGUGGGGUAUGAUUGAACUGUGUGAGGAUACAUGUGAAAGACGCAGAAAAA